AUGAAGAUAAUUAUAUAUUUUUGCAUCUGGGCAGUUGCAUGGGCCAUUCCGGUUCCUCACAUCAAACCACUGGAGAGACAUGCUGCUGAAAAGUCUGUGAAUUUAAGUCUUCUAGCAAAAUCAAAAGUGCCAGUACAGGAUGCAUUGAAUGCCAACGGUACCAGCAAAGAAAGCGGUUUCCCCACGCAUGAAAGUGAAAGAGGAAGGCAGUGGUAUGCCCAAGAUGGUUACAAAGGAGAAGGGAAUGGCUCCCAGUGGGCAGAAGUAGGAGGGAAGAGUUCCUCUACAUAUCACACGUUAGCAAACGGAGAGGGGGAGACUGAGGACUGGAAUGGGGGCGCAGGAAAACCAGGCACAUAUGGUCACGAUGGGAUACACGAGAAAGAAGAUGACACCACAGCAAGUGGCAUUCUCAACAACGCCAGAGCAACAAAUGGAAGCAAUACUCAUGGAAAUGCUGAUACAGAUACAAAUGGGGGUGUUGGAACUACAAGUCCGGGUGAGGAUGCCACUGUUGUCCAAGAGGAUGGAACUCAAGCAGCUGGGAGCAAUCAUCGUAGAGACCAGGAAGAGGAAAUAAACAAUCAUCCCUGUGGAAAUGGGAAUGACAUGGGAGGAAUAACACCUCCGAAUGAAGGCGAGAGAGAUGGGGACAAGGAGGCUGGGGUAGUAACUCCAGGCAAUGGAGAAGAUGUUGGUCUGGAUAAUUCUCAUGGGAGUCCUAGCGGGAAUGGAACAGAUGAAGAUGAAGAUGAGGGCUCCGGUGAUGAUGAAGGUGAAGAUGGAGGGGAUGGAAAAGAGGGCAGUGACAACAGCAAGGGCCAGGAGGGUCAGGACCAUGACGAAGAAGAUGACAGUGACAAUAGCAUAGGUCAAAAUUCCAUUAGUAGGGAAGAUGGUGACCUGGGAGACAGAGAAGACCCCCAUAAUGACAAUGACAGAGAAAACACCUCCAAGAGUGAGGAGGAUUCUCACGGUGUUCCAGAAGACAGUGGCAGCCAAAGAAAAGAGGACACCCAGAAACUCAGUCACCAAGAAAGCAAAGGUGCUGAGAACGGAAUCACCAAAGAACCAGAGCCAAAUGCUGUUGGGAAGAGCCAAGAUAAGGGAACAGAGAUCAAAGGUCCCCACGGUGGCGACGGAAAUGCCACCAAAGAAGCUGGGGAAGACAAAGACAGGAAAGGACGGCGUGGAACGGGCGAGGGCAAAGGAAGCGUCCAGACACAAGGAGAAGUUGACAAGGUCCAAGGACCCGGCCCGAGACCAGAACCAGGAGACAGAGCUGGACGCAGCAAAACAGGCAGUGACAGCAACAGCGACGGGUAUGACAGCUACGAUUUUGACGACGGGCCCAUGCAACGAGACGGCCCUGACAGCAGCGACGAGUCUAACGGCAGCGAGGGUGCUAAUUCAGGAAGUGACAGUGACAGCGGCGGCCGAGGAGGUGCUUCUUAUGACUCAGAUGAAUCGAGAGAUGACGGCGACGGCAGUGACUCAAAAGAAGGAGGCGAUGAUGGUGACAGCACAUCAGACUCUAAUGACAGUGACAGUAACGGCAACGGUGGGAGCGAUGACAGUGACAAGUCAGACAGCAGCAAAGGUAAAUCAGAAAAUAGUGACAGCAGUGACAGCAGCGAUAGCAGUGACAGUAGUGAUAGCAGUGACAGUAGUGAUAGCAGUGACAGCAGUGACAGCAGUGACAGCAGUGACAGUAGUGAUAGCAGUGACAGUAGUGAUAGUAGUGACAGCAGUGACAGCAGUGACAGCAGUGACAGUAGUGAUAGUAGUGACAGCAGUGAUAGUAGUGACAGCAGUGACAGCAGUGACAGUAGUGAUAGUAGUGACAGCAGUGACAGCAGUGAUAGUAGUGACAGCAGUGACAGCAGUGACAGCAGUGACAGCAGUGACAGCAGUGACAGUAGCAAUAGCAGUGACAGCAGUGACAGUAGCGACAGCAGUGACAGCAGUGACAGCAGCAAUAGCAGUGAUAGCAGCGACAGUAGUGACAGCAGUGACAGCAGCAAUAGCAGCGACAGCAGUGACAGUAGUGACAGUAGUGACAGCAGUGACAGCAGCAAUAGCAGCGACAGCACUGACAGCAGUGACAGUAGUGACAGCAGUGACAGCAGUGACAGUAGUGACAGCAAUGACAGCAGUGAUAGUAGUGACAGUAGCGACAGCAGUGACAGCAGUGACAGUAGUGACAGUGACAGCAAAUCAGACAGUAGUGAUAGCAGUGACAAUGACAGUAAGUCAGACAGCAGCAAUAGCAGUGACAGUAAAUCAGACAGCAGUGACAGCAGUGACAGUAGCGACAGCAGUGACAGCAGUGACAGCAGUGAUAGCAGUGACAGCAGUGACAGCAGCAAUAGCAGUGACAGUAGUGACAGCAGUGACAGCAGCGAUAGCAGUGACAGCAGCAAUAGCAGUGAUAGUAGUGACAGUAGUGACAGCAGUGACAGUAGUGACAGCAGUGAUAGUAGUGACAGCAGUGACAGCAGUGACAGCAGCGAUAGCAGUGAUAGUAGUGACAGCAGUGACAACAGUGACAGUAGUGACAGCAGUGACAGCAGUGAUAGUAGUGACAGCAGUGACAGCAGCGAUAGCAGUGAUAGUAGUGACAGCAGUGAUAGCAGUGAUAGUAGUGACAGCAGUGACAGCAGUGAUAGUAGUGACAGCAGUGAUAGUAGUGACAGCAGUGACAGCAGUGACAGCAGUGACAGCAGUGAUAGCAGUGAUAGUAGUGACAGCAGUGACAGCAGUGAUAGUAGUGACAGCAGUGAUAGUAGUGACAGCAGUGACAGCAGUGACAGCAGUGACAGCAGUGAUAGUAGUGACAGCAGUGACAGCAGCGAUAGCAGUGAUAGUAGUGACAGCAGUGAUAGUAGUGACAGCAGUGACAGCAGUGAUAGUAGUGACAGCAGUGACAGCAGUGACAGCAGUGACAGCAGCAAUAGCAGUGAUAGCAGUGACAGCAGCGACAGCAGUGACAGUAGUGACAGCAGUGACAGCAGUGACAGCAGCUCUGAAAGCAGUGAUGAGCGUGACAGCCAGAGCAAGUCUGGUAAUGGCAACGACAAUGGAAGUGACAGUGACAGUGACAGUGACAGUGAAGGCAGCGACAGUAACCACUCAACCAGUGAUGAUUAG